GGGAAGACGGCAGUCCGGAGAACAUGCUUCUGCACGGCCCGUUCUCCAGGAAACCCAAACGCAUCCGGACGGCGUUCUCUCCGUCUCAGCUGCUGCGUCUGGAGCGAGCCUUCGAGAAAAAUCACUACGUGGUCGGAGUCGAGAGGAAACAGCUGGCGAGCACACUCUGCCUCACAGAGACUCAGGUGAAGGUCUGGUUUCAGAACCGCAGGACGAAGCACAAGCGUCAGAAGUUGGAGGAAGAGUCUCCUGAAGCGCUGCAGAAGAGGAAGGGCAGUCAACACAUCAAUCGCUGGAGGGCGGCCACACACCAGCCGGGGGGCGGGGGGGAGGACGUGGACGUGCUCAGCGAGGACUAGGCUGCAGACACACACACAUGAACACACACAUACACACAUAAACACACACAUAUACACACACAGUCAUACUGGUUAGUGUCAGACAUCCAAAAGUGUGUUCAGGCGACUUUUUCAAGUUUAAAAAGCUUUUAG